UUUCAAACAAAUAAAAUAUGAAGUCUUUUUCGCUAGUUGCGAUUAUCUUGGCCCUGGCCGCUUGUCAAGGAGCCGAAGUGUCCGAACCUUUGGCUGCUCAGUCGCGCUCUGUAAGCAGCAUAAUUGUGGAUACUUUGGAGUCGUGCAAGCUGCAUAUGGUGGAGGGCUGGCCACAAUAUGGCAUACCACCGCUCGCACCGCUGGAGAUCCCGCACAAGCGUUUCGACUUUGGGACGGGUGAGCUGCACGCCACUGGCGCUCUGGAUGGCCUAGUCGUGAGGGGAUUGAACGAGUUUGAGAUACGCGUUAUGAGUGCGAAUCUCCUCUUGAGCAACAUAAAGUUUGAGUUCCAUUUUGCUAGCUUGAACCUAACCACACAGUACGAGGCGGAAGUGGACGCCGGGUAUCAAAUGGCCCGUAAUGGUGGCGCUUUUUUGGCUCUCGAGGAUCUGAAUGUAUCCGGCCAGAUUAAGUACGCCACGGGAGUGGUGGGCAGCAGCAAUAAUUUGCGCAUCAAGCAAAUCCAGCUUAAUUUAGUGGCGGGCAAUGUGGUCUCCAAUAUUGAGAAUCUAUCCAAGUAUCGCAUUCUGAAUCGCAAACUCAACGACGUUGUCGAGGAGUUCAUCAGCCUAACUAUCAAUGAAAAUACGGACUUUUUCGCUGAUUGGGUGGACAGCACAGUAACGCCCAUUUGCAAUGAUCUGAUUGGCGAUCGAUCCAUUAGGGAUAUUCUAGACCUCAUUGGCGGUGGCGGCAAAUAGAGGUUCGACUUUAGACAGGUGUGCAAUAAAAAAAUGAUGGAAAUGAAGUUAUUUG